AUGGAUAAACCCCAGGAAGUGGCAACUUUGGCAGAGGGGCGAAGAUUAUACUUAGUUCAAGGCCAGAGAUUUGAGGUAGCUAAGUCUUACAAACUAAUAAAACUGGUCGGAUGCGGUGCAUAUGGUUCUGUUUGUUCUGCAAUAGAUGAGGGUAGCGGCGACCGUGUGGCUAUUAAAAAAGUAUCUCGAGUCUUUGCCGAUAUAAAGGAAGGUAAACGCAUAUUAAGGGAGAUGGAUAUUUUAACAACUCUCCAUCACACCAACUUGAUACGUCUUCGGAAUUUUAUUCGUCCCUAUGGAAAGGAUGAUUUUGACGACAUCUACAUGGUGAUGGAUUUGUACGAUACCGAUCUGCACCGUAUUAUUCGUAGCAGACAAAAACUGACGAAUGAACAUUACCAAUAUUUUAUGAUUCAAGCUUUUCGAGGGCUUUGCUACCUACAUGGUGCGAAGGUUAUGCAUCGAGACUUAAAGCCAAGUAAUCUAUUGGUGAAUGCCGAUUGUGCUCUAGCUAUUUGUGACUUUGGACUUGCCCGCGAUGAUCAAUGGACAGUCUCAGAUGCCCUCACGGAAUACGUUGUCACGCGAUGGUAUCGUCCUCCUGAAGUACUGGGAAUGGGAUCACACCAGUACACGAAUGCGGUGGACGUUUGGAGUCUGGGGCUUAUUUUUGCUGAAUUAAUGGUGGGCAAAACAUUAUUGCCCGGACCCGAUUACAUUCGUCAACUCAUUAUGAUUUUGCAUUUGCUCGGGACCCCAACAGUUGAGGACAUGGAAUUUCUUAGUGAUGAGGCUAGAAACUUUCUUUGCGCUCAGCCUCCUCAAAAGACCCGACCAUUCACAGAGAUUUUUCCUAUGGCGACGCCUGAAGCGGCGGAUUUACUCUCAAAACUACUAGUAUUUCACCCAGCUAAAAGGCUUACGGCGAAGGAGGUAGUUGAACAUCCCUAUUUCGCCAAGUUUAGAAAUUCCACGGAGGAGCCUGCCCCCAAUGAGCCUUACGUCUGGCGGCACAAUGAAGAACUUACUCCAGAGUCUCUUCGAGAUGAGAUGUGGCGUAUCAUUGUGACACACUCACCUGAGCCGUAG